AUGCCUGUCCUGUAUAAGCGCUGGAGAGGCCCCGUCUUUGCUGUGGGGCCCCCUAAAGCCCCUCAGGGGGCCCCUUCCUUCAGCCUUUAUGGGGGCCCCCCCAAGCGCUUCCCUGUGGGGGCCCCCUUCUUCCUUCCUCUCUCUUCAGCUGCAAUAACACCGACGCAGAGACACCCGCUCUACACCUGUACCAACCAUCAGAAACCCUCUUCGGGGGCCCCCUUAGGGGCCCCCUUGGAGCUCCUAUUGGGGGCCCCCUUAGAGGCAGCCUUGGGGGCCCCCCUAGGGGCCCCCAAGGGGUCUCUCUCUGUGUGUUAUAGGGAAGAGAGGAGGCUGUUGUGUGUGGCUGUUAAUAGAGCAGACGAAAGAGAGAUAAAGAUAAAGAUAGAGAAGGAGCAAGGCGAAGAAAAGACAAAGAAUUACGUGGGUGCAUUAUCAGCCUUUAACUCUGCAGAAGAAGUCAAGGGGCCCCUAUCAAAGCAGAGGGGGGCCCCCCAAUGUAUUAGGGGGGCCCCCAACAAUAAUAUUUAUUUAGGUAGAGCCUCUACUACUGGUUGUAUUGCUACUGCUACAUAUGAUAGUUCUUGCACUUGCUUGCUGCUGAGCUUCUCCUUUGACGGUGGGGAUACACCGCAACCAGCAGCAGCAGAAGCAGAAGCAACAGCAGCAGCAGCAGCAGGGACGACAAUAUCAGCAGCAGAAGCUGCUGCACGUUCUCUGCAGCGCGCCGCUGCUGCAUGCGAAGCAGCCAGCAGUAAGGUGGGGGCCCCUGGGGGCCCCUGGGGGCCCCCCUUGCUUGCUGCUUUAGUUGCUGAGGCCUUUGCAGGUGUACGUACACCUGAAGAGGGGGGCCCCCGCAUGCAGCACGUGGUGUAUCUGCAGCUCCCUUCUUUGUCUCUUGGGGCCCUUUCUGAGGUUUUAUAUUUUUGUGCAGAUGCAAUUAAAGUUAAAGAUAAAUUCUUCUGGGAAGAAGCAGGAAGAGUGGCGUUGCAGCAGCUGCAGCUGCUGCUGCACCCCACAGCAGCAGCAGCAGCAGCAGAACCAGCAGCAGCAGCACCAACAGCAGCAGCAGCACAACUAGCAGCAGCACAACCAGCAGCACCAACCACAGAACCACCAGCAUCAGCAGCAGAACCAGCAGCAGCAGCAGCAGCAGCAUCAGCAGGAGGAGGGGGCCCAGCAGCCUCUGAAGGACAUCGUUGCAUCGUCAGCAAGGAGGGGGCCCCCCUCGAGCUGGGGGCCCCCAUCGUGAAGGUUGCUGCAGCAGCAGCACCUACGGGGUGUAUAAUAAAGCUGCUGAGAGCAUUUUUGCUGUCGCAGCAGCAGCAAGAGGCGCUGCUGCAAGCAGGGAAUUUGCUCCUGGGGCUGCGGUGUACCUACAGCCACAGCGACCUGCUGCAUGCGCUGGCGCUGCUGCAUCUGUGGGGCCCCACAGGGCCCCCCCCUCUCCUCAUGCAUGCUAUUGAAACUCGGCUGCUGCUGCGGCAGCAGCGGCUGCCUCUUCCAGUUGUUGCUGCUGCUCUUAAUGCUGCAGCAAAGCACAAACUCUUUUCUACAAGCCACGCAACUGCUGCAUACUCCUCUCUUCAUGGGGGGCCCCCCUAUAGGGGGCCCUUCAAUCUGGUGGCGGGGCCCCCUAUGGAGAAACCAGCAGAAGCAGCAGCAGCAGCAGCAGCAGCAGCAGCAGCAAGAGCAGCAGAUGUGGUUUCAGCAGCAAUUUCAGGACCAGCACCAGCAGCAGCAGAAGCAGCAGCAGCAGCAGCAGCAGCGGCGGCGGGCGUAACUACAACAACAGCAUCAGGAGCAGCAGCUGCAGGAGGAUCGUCAGCAGCAGAAGCAGCAGCAGCAGCAGCAGCAGCAGCAGGACCAGCGGCUGCUCUAUACUGGAGCCUGUCUCUCAGCGGCUGCAAGGCAAUUGCGGUGUAUGCACAGCAAAAGGGAGGAACAAUAAGGGGGCGAGAUGUUGCGUUAGCGUGUAGGGCUUUUGUAAGAGCCAGACAAGAUGCAGCAGCAGCAGCAGCAGCUUCUGCUGCUGCUGCUGCUGCUGGAGGAGGAGGAGGAGGAGAAGCAGCAGCAGCAGCACGAUCAGCAGCUGCAACAGCAGCAGCAGUAACAGCAGCAGCAACUUUAUUCGUAGAGAUACUUGAGGACAAUUGGGGGGCCCUCAGAGUAUCGCUCGAGCCCCUCAGCCUCUCGAUGCUGCUGGAGGCCCUAUCUAAGCUUCACUUCGCUCUACCGGUGGGCUGCAGCAGCAGCUUGGGGGCGUUGCUGCAUACUUUGAACAACCAGAUUUCUUCUCUGUCUCCUCAGCAGCUUCUUGCUGUAGCGCGGGGCCUCGCAAAGACACCCCACAGACCCGAAGGACAGAACAAUGCCUUUCGCCUCGUCUGGCGUUUUCUCUCUAAGGCCACAGACAUCUCUGCUUUGUCUCCUUUGGAUUUGCAGAGUCUGUUGCAUGCCCUUAUCAGGCUGGGUGAUGAGGCUCCACCUGAGGCUGUCCUUGAGGCAGCAAAGGCUUUGACCAAUUGGGGGCCCCCGGGGGCCCCCAGGGGCCCCCGGGGCCCCCUCCCUUCAGGGCUUAGAGAGGAGGGUUUAGUCUUUCAGAGCCGCCUGGGAUAUGGCUCUCUAAUGAUACUCUUGCUGUUGCUGCUGCAGCAACGCAGCAGCAGCAACAAAGAGAGUCGCACGCUUGCCUUGCAUGCGCUUGAAAAUAAUUAUUCAAGGCUGCUGUUGCUGCUGCUACAGGCCCUCAGCAACGAAAUGACAGCAGCCCUCAUUAACGAGGCAUUACUCGCUGAAGAGCUGACCCUUAAAACAGGGUAUCGGUGCCUCGAAGCAAUCGCUCGCAUGUCUCCAGACUCUGCUGCUGCAGCACAGCAGCAGCAGCAGCAGCCAGUGCAGCAAACGUCGGAGCAGCAGCAAGAGCAGCCAAAUGAGCAGCUGCACAGUCAGCUGCAACCGCAGCAGCAGCAGCAGCUGCUGCAGCAGCAGCACGGACAGCAGCACCGGCAGCAGCUUCAGCAACUGGUGUUGAGCCGCAUGCAGCAGCAACUUUCGUCGCUGCAGCAAAACACCUGCCUAUGCUCAGCUGCUGCUGCAGCUUUUGCUGCUCUCUGCCGUCUGCUGCCCCCUCCUUCUUCUUCAGUACAAACCCACGCGCAGCAGCAGCAGCAACAACAACAACAGCAGCAACAGCAACAGCAAAACGCAGCAGCAGAGGAGUGGCAGCUGCUGCGCAUGCAAGCGGGGCUUGCAGGAGACCUUUCGAAGCAUAUUAUUGGCUGCGCUGCUGCUGCAGCACACGCACCAACUCUUCGUUUUGCUGCUGCUGCUGCUGCAGCAAAUGUUGCAGCAAGGAUUCGCGCAAGAGAAGAACUGCUGCUUUCAACGUCUCCAGGCACAGACGCUGUUGCCGCGAACAGCAGCAGCAGCAGCAGCAGCAGCAGCCAGAUUGCAACAGAGGCAGCAAUGCGGCUGCUGGCUGCUGCACAUGAGGGCCUCCGUUAUGUUUCUGCAUCUUCACAGUCUGUUGCUGCAGAUUGGUUGAGGUGUAUGUACACCUCAAUUAAGUAUGGAGUUCAGCCGCUUGGGAUAGAACCCCCCGCGACCUGCUAUCUCUCUGCUCAUCCUGCUGCUGCUGUUGCUGCUGCUGCUGCUGCUGCUGCUGCUGGAGGUGCUGAUGGUGCUGCUGCUGAGGGGCUGCAUGCAUUUCGAUGCAGCAUGACAGCAGCAGGAAAAGAUGUUAAGAACCUCCUACAGGCAACAAAAGUUGUGUGUGCCCUGGCGUCUUUCGGUGUACACCCCAGCAGCCUUCAUCGUCUCUUCAGCAGCAGCAGCAGCAGCAGCAGCUCUUCUUCGCCUCAGCAUGCAUGCGCUGCUGCUGCAUGCGCGCGAGACGUUGGGGUGAAGGAGACAGUAAAGCCCCAAGGACUGCCCCUGGAAGGGCAUUCAGGCCCUGCUGCUGCUGUUGCUGCUGCUGCUGUUGCUGCUGCUGCUUCGAAGACGCAUGCAUUUGCAGCAGCGCAGAGGAAGCUUGAGGAGAUGGAAUAA